AUGGAUUCGACUUCUUCUAUUACCUCGGUGUACCUUGGUGUAUUUACGCCGGUUAGCCGCCAGGAUAAGAGGUCGGGCAACAGGAAAAAUGGUCAAUGUCUCAGUAUACAGCGGGCGUUGUCCCAAUGGGGUGACCGUGAGGGGUUUGGCAUUCUCAUUCAGUCUUUGUUUGCUCAACCUGUGAAGGAGGGUCCGGAGGGUUUUAAGAAAAUGUCUGGAAAAAAAAGCGAGGAUGUGAGUUCUAAUGUCAAGCAGUGUUUACGUAAGGUUGCCGAUGGUCAUUUUACCGCUGCAGUUAAGGUCCUUUGUUCUUCUGGGGUCGCACCACAUGAUAAGAAAACUAUGAAGGCUCUCGUGGAUAAACACCCGUGCAUGCCCCCUCCGACCAUGCCCGCUUUCCUUCCGUCAGAACCUCACCUUGUAGCGGAGACCGUCAGUGUGCUUGGGUGUAUCAAAUCUUUCCCGAAAGGGACGUCAUGUGGGAGAGAUGGUUUGAGGGAUCAACACCUUUUGGACGCCCUUUGUGGUGAAGGGUCUGUGAUUGCGGUUAGCCUACUCAGGGCGAUUUCAGCUGUGGUUAACCUAUUUUUGCGAGGGGGGUGUCCGAGGAGUUUGGCGGAGUUUGUUGCAUCUGCUCCUCUUACGUCCCUUCUCAAGCCCGAUAAUGGGAUUAGACCUAUUGCGGUGGGUUCGAUCUGGAGGAGAGUGGUCUCCAAGUUUGGGGUCGGGGUUCCAAACGGGGCUGAGGCAGUUCUUCAUAGUGCGAACAGGCUCUUAAAUGCGCACCACCGAGACAGGUCGUUGGCUAUGCUUACCGUCGAUUUCUCAAAAGCCUUUAACCUUGUGGAUAGAACUGCUCUUUUAAAUGAGGUAAGGAAAAUGUGUCCAUCCAUCUCUACUUGGGUUGAUUUUUUAUACGGGCAACCAGCUAGGCUUUAUGUGGGGAAUGAUUAUAUUUGGUCUUCCACGGGGGUUCAGCAAGGGGGUCCUUUAGGGCCUCUCCUUUUUGCCCUUGUUUUACACCCUCUUGUUCACCGAAUCAGAGAUCGUUGUAAGCUUCUUUUUCACGCCUGGUACCUGGAUGACGGGACCAUUAUUGGAGAUGCUACUCAGGUUGCCAAGGCUUUAGACGUCAUUAGAGUGGAGGGCCCCUCCUUGGGCCUCCUUCUCAACAUUAAAAAAACUGAAGUUUUUUGGCCUACAUGCGACGGGGUGAAGACUCCGGAGGGUUUAUUUCCGCAGGAGAUUGGUAGGCUGGUGCAUGGUGUGAAACUCUUGGGUGGUGCUGUUAGUAGAGAUGGGCAGAUUAUUAGUGGUUUGGCCCUCAAAAGAGCCAAAUGUGCGGCUGAGCUGAUGGGAUGCCUCAAACGCCUUAAGGAACCUCAGAGCGAACUCCUCCUGCUUCGUUCGUGUAUGGGGGUUGCUAAACUGCUGUUUGGGCUUAGAACGUGUCAGCCUUCUUAUGUCGGGGAAGCCGUCUCUGUUUUUGACAAGGGGCUUCGGAAUGCGAUCGAGGACAUUGUUGUUUGUGGGGGGUGCCUUUUUCGGGGACCUACAAUGGAGGUUCUUCAAGACCACAUCCUUCGCGAAUGUGGGGGAGAGCUGUUGGACUCUGAUUACAAGGGUGCGUUGGACAAUCUGCAUAGUUUUCUCCCCGAUCUUGAUCUUGGCGGUUUCUACAUUAAAGACACCGCCCCCAUUAAAGCCCAGAAAAUUCUGGCGAAUGCCUUAUAUGGCGAAAUCGUCAAGACAGUCGAAGAGAAGUUUGCCUUUCCCCCUCGCCAGCGAGCCGUGUUUGAGUGUUUGCGAGCCCCCCAUGCUCAGGAUUUCUUGUCUGUUGUUCCCAUCGAAGGUUUAGGGCAAUGUAUGUCAGCUGUGAAAUACCGGGCUAUCCUCAAGUACCGUUUAAUGAUACCCCUUUUCCCGGUUGAUGACCCGUGUCCUGUAUGUCGGAAGUGUUGCUUGGAUUCUUUUGGGGAGCAUGCAGUACAUUGCAAAGAAUUACCGGGCUUUAAAUAUCGACAUGAUUUAGUUCGAGAUGUGUUGUAUGAUGUCCUUAAGCGAGCAGGGAUCUCGGCAAAAAAGGAAGCUCCGGUGAACUUCUUGACUGAUCCAUUAGAAGGGAAAUCUACGCUACGACCCGCUGACAUUCUUGUUUUUGGAUGGGAAGGAGGGAAACACGCGUGUGUCGAUUUGACAGGUGUGUCCCCUCUCGUUGGGCUAAGGGACCACGGGUUUGUGGCGGAACAGGCGAUAACCAAGGCAGAUGCGGGAAAAGUAGCUAAACACGAAAAAGCUUGCAUCGAGAAUCAGCACGUGUUCGUCCUGUUCGCUUUCGAUACAUUUGGCGCUCUCGCCUCUGACGCGGUGCGGUUCCUAAAGCGGGUUCAACAGGUGACUAGCAAUGAACCAAUUAUGUAA